GAAAAGCGUUGCGAACUUUGGCAUGAGUCUAUCCUGGCACACCUGAAUGUCUUUCACAAUCGAACGGUCUCGGGGGCGCCGGACUUCGUGUGCGUGGUGAGGCAACCCACAUGCCGAGAACUUCGCGGCCACAAGUCUCUGAAGAACGAAGAGGUGAACAGCCUGAGCUUCUACCUCAUGGAGUUCUGCGACACUGGUCCUACAACCGAGCUCUACGGCCCCUGCUCCAAGCGCUAUGCCGAG